CAUUCACCCCUCAGAAGCGUGCGCAUGCGCUACUGUGCUCCGCCUACAUUGCUGGACUGGAAGUUCGGAACCGUUCAAGCCAGUGGAUAUUCCUUCUAGGAGGACAACAGGCAAGUCAUAAACCAUGGUAUUAAAUCCAGUCAUCAGCAAGUUGACUGGGAAGCUUGUGGUUCUUGCCAGUGCGUCUCCAAGAAGGCUUGAGAUUUUGACUAAUGUGGGGCUACGCUUUGAAGUUGUGCCAUCAUGGUUUAAGGAGACAUUGGACAAAGCUUUAUUUAAAACCCCACAGGACUAUGCUGUGGAGACAGCCAGACAGAAAGCCCUGGAGGUGGCUACAAGAAUGCCAUAUAAACACCUGAAAACACCUGACAUUGUCAUCGGAGCAGACACUGUUGUGGCCGUGGACGGUCAAAUUCUGGAGAAGCCGUCAGAUAAGCAAGAUGCGUACAGGAUGUUGUCCAGUCUGAGUGGGAAAGAACACAGUGUGUUCACAGGAGUGGCUAUCGUGCUCUGUCAAGAUCAAGAAGACAAAGAAGUUGACUAUAAGGUGGUUGACUUUUAUGAGGAGACAAAGGUGAAGUUUGCCGACUUGUCAGAGGACAUGCUGUGGGAGUACAUCAACAGUGGAGAACCAAUGGAUAAGGCUGGUGGUUAUGGCAUCCAGGCCUUGGGAGGGAUGCUGGUGGAGUAUGUCCAUGGGGAUUUCCUCAACGUAGUGGGGUUCCCGCUCAACCACUUCUGCAAGACGCUGGACACCAUCUACAACAGCCCCCCCGCGAGCCCGGACCACAAGAGCCAAUGGGAGGACUUGGGCGAGACCUGGCCCCUGGUCAACAGUCUGUCCAAAUGCGCCGAGAAUGGCGAGUUGGAGCCGUCGGACUCGGGGAACUGCGGCGCCAGCGACGCGGCCUCUGUCAGUGGAGCCAGCGCAAGCGCCAGCUGGGUCCAGGAGCAGAACGUGGUUGGGCCUGAGUCGGCAUUGGCGUCGACGUGCGGCUGCAACCGAGAGGAAUUCCCCCACAAAAUAGUGGACCUCAUGGAUGGGUUCAAAGCCUCAAAGGCCCUGUUCGCUGCAUGCAAGCUGAACGUCUUUGAUGUUUUGAGCGUGUCAGCGGACCUCUCGCCGAAGGAGGUGGCGGAGAGGGUUAAGGCUUCUGAGGAAGGGUCGGCCCGGCUGCUGGACGCCUGUGUGUCUCUGGGUCUGCUGGAGAGGAGGACGCGCGAUGAUGGAGACCACGUGUACAGUAACACAGAGGAGGCCAGUCGGUUCCUGGUGGCGGAUAGCCCGCUGUCCCUCCACGGCUACAUCCUCCACUGCAACGACCUGGUGUGGCCCCUCUUCUCCCAUCUGGAGUCCGCCGUCAGGGAGGGAACCAAUCAGUAUGAGAGAGCCUUUGGGAAGAAGUCUGAAGACCUGUUUCAGGAUGCAUACUACAAGAAAGAGGAAGUCAAAUUGAGAUUUAUGAACGCUAUGCACAGCAUCGCUAAAGUGUCUGUUAAAGACCUGGCCACAGCUUUUGAUCUCUCCAUGUUUAAAACAGCGUGUGAUGUUGGAGGAUGCACUGGGGCUAUGGCGUAUGAGUUUACCCAGAUCUACCCAGAAAUGUCAGUAACUGUCUUUGACUUGCCACAAGUCAUCGCCAUGAGCGACCGUUUCCAGCCAAAAGACCAAAAUGACAGAGUGACAUUUGUUGCUGGGGAUUUCUUUAAAGACCCACUGCCAAAGGCAGAGCUGUACAUUUUAGCAAGAAUUCUCCAUGACUGGUCCCUCGAGAAAGUCCACCAGCUACUAGACAAGCUUUCUAAAGAGUGCAAUCCAGGCAGCGGCGUGCUGGUUUGCGAAAUCCUCCUGGACGAGGAGCAGAGGGGUCCAAGCCGGGCCUUCCUGCAGGCCCUGAGCAUGACCGAGGGGUCGCAGCGGAGCGCCUCCCAGUACACCCUCCUCCUCGGCCAGCAUGGCUUCACCCAGACCCACCUCAAGCACACGAACAACCUCCUGGAUGCCGUGCUCUUCGUCAAGGAGUGAUGAUGAUGAUGAUCAACUGGCCCUCCUUUUUCUCAAACUCAAGCAGAUCAUCUUGAGCUCCCUUAACUGAGCCCAGUGACUAACGAUGAUCUCGUUAUGAGUUGAUCCGUGUUGUUUUUUUCUAGCUCUGUGUGUGACAACACUACUUGCAGAUUUCUCUUGUUUUUGUAAUUGAAUUGUAAAUAAUCAUACUAAUUUAAUGAUCACUGAUAAAUUGUUCUUAUAGCAAAUAAUGAAAUAAAUCUAUUUUUAAUCCCA